GAGCAUCUUGUGAUCGCUUGUAGGUCAAUGGUUUUGUUUCGUUCAGAGGGUUUAGCCAACUCGAUAGGCAGUGUGUUUCCAUGCCGCUUUUGCGGAUGAAUCGUCGGCCAUUUUUAAACUGCUCACCUGCUUAUAAGAAUAGCGAGAGUGUCGAAGAGAGAAGGGACAUGGACGAUGGGAAUUGCAUCGGAACGGUAACGGUGAAGCUGUGAUAUUCGAUGAAUCGCGUUGGAUCGUGACGAAUGUCGGUAGGCGUAAAAAGGGGAGACACAAAAAUCACAAGAAAAUCGUCAUUAGAGCCGAAUAAGCCAAAUAGUUGAGUGAAAAUAGUGAGCGUAAGUGGAGGAGCUUGAAAAAAAAAAGGAAAGAAAGGGUAUUGAAAAAGGCCCCCCUCCCCCGUGGCUUCCCGACCGAAAUGGUGAACUGUCAACGUUUUUGCCUCGGCUCUGUAAAAUGAUUGAAUAAUUAUCGCAUUUUCAAGAGUGGAUAAGCGUGAUAGCUGAUUAACCGGAAUCCGUUGGGUGGAAUCAUCUCGAUCGCGGGAGUACUCUUGACUAAUAAUCCGUGGGAGAUAAUCCAAAUUCCGAAGGGUGAAGCAGGUUCCGUUGAAUAAAACGAGAAAAAAAAACGAGGAAUUCGAGGGGAAAAAGGCAAAAUCAAGGAGUCAAUGAACCAGGGAGAAUUGAAAAAAGAAUAAGAUUCGAGGCAAUGACAUUCUUUGAAAACCGAACAAACGAAAUAAAAACAGUAGCAAAGAAAUCUGUAUUCGUCGAGUGGUGAAAACGCGUUUAUAAAAAUGGCAGACAAUAUGCAGAGGAAACAACACAAGCCGUUGGACGCCGGUAGAAAAAUAUCAAUGCCCGUACACCGUACUACGACUGAGACGAUAAGACUGGGAGGGGAUCUGAUAGAGAGGCCGUCGCAGCAGUCAUUGGGUCUACCAGCGCAGAGUUUGAAUUCAACUCCAAGUUUGAAUUCAACGCAGAGCGUGAAUUCAAUGCCGAGUUUGAGUUCAACGCCGAACAAUCAAUGCAGAAAGAAGACUUCUUCGUUCCAGAUAACGAGCGUGACAGUGGGUUCUCGUAUGAGCAACGACGCCGGGGAUGAUUCCAACGACGAUCUGGACGAGUCUCAUACGGAGGACAACUCGGUGGAGCAUUCUAGAGUGACUGAUUUGGAUGUAGAAACGCCGAGCUAUUCGGAGGAUACAUUUUCCAAGGAGGAUGUUUUUUUUAAUGCCAGUAAUUCGGCUCUUAGCACAGCUCCGGUCAUACCGACAAGUUCGCAGUACGGCCUUGCGAUAGUACCAUCGGAGGGGGCUAAUAACCCCAGUAAUUCCACCAACGAGACACAUAACAUGAAUGCGAUGGAGGUGAAUUCCGUCACGGACAAUAAUAUCAUUAAUUUGUUAUCGAGCAAUGCCAAACAGGACACCGACAUAAGGGAGGUAAAUUCCCAUAGCAGAAACGAGCGUUUCAAGGUCGUUAAGAUCGAGAGUACCGAACCCUUCAGAAGAGGAAGAUGGACUUGCAUGGAUUACCUAGAUCAUACGUCGGUCAAUCAAUCCAACGCCAUGAACGCCGCAUCGAAAGUCACCGAUCCUAACGAGGUUUGUAUAUCUUACGGGGUUACAGAAAGUGGUACCGUCGUAGAUACGACGAAACAGAUUAACUCGCUCCACACCGAUGAGAACAAAAGUACAUCGGUCGACAUGAACGGUCAUCAUACCCAGCAAGAUGUCGUACACCCAGCUGUUGGCGUUACGAAUCAGAGCAGCGGUUAUUUCGUUGCUAACACCAAUCUUCAGAAUGUUCAACAGCAACCGCCACCCCAUCAACAACUCCAACAGCACCAGCUCCAUCAACAACACCAGCAGCACCAUCUUCAUCAUCACCACCACCACCACCAUCAUCCGCACCAACUUCAACAACAACAUCAACCGCAGCAACAAAAACAUCUCCAACCGCAGCAGCAACAUAUACAGCAUAAUGUUCACCAAAUGCAACCUCAGAUCCAGUUGAACAAUCAGCAGAUACCCCAAUACUUCCAUCAACAGCCACAAUUGCCACCGCAGCUUCAGCAGCAACCGCAUCACCUUCAAGGAGCGACAUUGCCCUCGAAUCUUCAGCCCAUUCACACCAACAAUUUCGGACAACCACAGAGUAUGCCACAAAUCUCGAUUCCAUUUCUCACAACGCAACAGACUAACAAUAUUAUUACAACGCAAAAAAGUAUGGGCCACUCGAUGGACGAUCCGUACAAAAAGAUUGUAAUGCAAAAUCAAAUGUUGCCCGGACAAAACGUCAUUUGUCAAGCUCCGGUGCAACAAACUUCCGUUUCGGUGUCACAGCCGAACAUUCUCAUCAGCCAACAUCCGUCUCCCCAGCAGCAGCAAAAACUCCAACAGCAACAUCCGUCGCAUCAGCCAGGAAUGAUACCACAGAAUCACAUGACCCAAAUUUCCGAGCCAAUUAACGCCAUGCAAGGAAUGCAGGGCAUCCAGAAUAUUCACAAAGUUCCUCAGUCGGGUCCUCAACAAGUAACAACGGCUAUACUCGGCCAAGUAAUGCCAAUGGUCGGACAGAUGCAGCCUCAACCAUGCCCCGGAAAUCUUCCGGUUCAGAUGAAUCAGAUACCGGUGAAUUGUCAAAACAUUGUCGGGACCAUGAUCGGCGGUGGCCCGAUGGGCGGCGGUACCAUGGGCGUCAUGAAUUUUCAUCCACCGGAAACGGAGCAGGACUCUGUAACGGGUCUCGUAUCAGCUGCUCAGCAAUCCGCCGACACGAUCCCUGUCGAAUCUCUGAGCGAAGCUACGCAAAAUCCAGACGAGCAACCAGUCCCCGAGGACACAGAAAGUAUGUCGGGGACAAGUGCCGUCGCGAUCGAUAACAAGAUUGAGCAAGCUAUGGAUUUGGUGAAGAGUCAUCUCAUGUUUGCGGUGCGCGAAGAGGUCGAAGUCCUGAAGGAGAAGAUAGCCGAGCUAAUGGAUCGUAUAAAUCAGCUCGAAGCGGAAAAUUUGAUUCUCAAAUCACACGCGGCACCCGAGAUAUUGGCCCAAUUGAGUCAGACGACAACCAAAUUAAUCCAAAACAAUUCAGGAAGCGGUCAGUAGGGAAGUGUGUAAUCGUCGUUACCAACCUGAGAGGGGAGACAGGGGCGUUUUGUGAGUGCAUGACAUGACCACUAAACAGCAACAAAAGUGUAACGGAAUCAAUAUUGUUCCUUUUAUUCCGUAUAUUGACUUACUUCUAUAUUGUGUUGACAAUUGAAAAAAAAAAAAAAAAAAAUAUAUAAAAAGAAUGCGACAAACAGUAUAUAAUUAUACGCAUAGGCAGCUAGAUCGCCAUAGCUUAUUUUACCAACAAGCAGUCAUUCGUCGUUCGACGUUCAAUCGAGAACGAUGGUCUGUGAAGCCGUAAUUUAUAUGUGACGUAAAAUUAUAAAUUCGAGGCAAAUGCGAGAGCCUCGUUUCAAUCCGAAUUUCUCGACAAAAUCGGUUUGCAUCGAUUGACGGAAAAAUAACGAAAAUACAAAAAAGAGGAAAAAUAACAAAAGGAAAAAAAAUUGCUUGACACUGUUAGAUGUUAUUUUGUUCGUUUGUUUAAUUUAUCCGUAUCUUCGAUCUAUGCUAAAACUUCCGAUACUUUUUGAAAUAAAGAUCAUGAAAUAUGGUGUUCGACACUCACGGUGCAGUACUGUUUCUUUAAGGUGGUGCGUAACGUAAGUACGACAAAUCAGUACCAAAAUAAAAACAAACAGAAUUUAAUCACGAAGAACAAAAAAACAAGUGUAAUAUUUCGCAUACUGAUGUACUUGUAAAAAAAACUACUUUUCCUGUCAGCGUCUUAUUUUAAAUCUGAUACAUGCCUAAUAAAAAAAAGUUUUUUGAUUGUA